AUGCCCCAGAAGCAGCUCAAAGGCGCCGGUAAGAAAAUCAACAAGAUCGGCAAGAAGGCCCCAGCCGCGAACAAGCACGGCAAGGGCUCGAUCACCAAGAAGGGCAAGUUCAACUUCAAGCCCAAGCUCGCGGGCGCCGGCUCGUCCAAGCUGCUGGAGAAGAUCCGCGCGAGCAAGGAGGUGAGCCGGAGCAUCAACGACAAGAACGAGCUCGAGGCGGCGCGUCGAGCGACCGCGACCGGAGGUAAAAUGGCAGUGGUCCGCCCCCCUCCCGACGCGCGGGUCGAGGUCCGAGGCCCCAAGCCAAAGAAGAUCAACAACAAAGGUCCCGUCGUGAAGACUCCCGCCAAGACGACGCUCAACCCGUGGUGA